UGAGUGAUGGUUUAAUUGUAGAAGAAGAGCAGAAACAACAAUAGACAGCUGAAUCACGCUGCUGGACGAGCAAAAGCAUGAAGCGAUUUUUUAAACCAAUAGAAAAGGAAGGAUCAGCCAAGAAACCUACUCUUUCGCCUUCAAAGAAAGAUGGUGAAAACAACUGUGAAACAUCACAAGAAGAGAAUAAAAAAGAAGAGCCACUGAAGUUCGUAACUUGGAACGCCAAUAGUUUGCUUCUUCGAGCCAAGAACAACUGGCCCGAGUUCUCUAAGUUUGUUACUAAUUUUGAUCCUGACGUUAUUGCUAUACAGGAAGUGAGAAUGCCUGCUGCUGGUUCAAAGGAUUCACCGAAAAACCCUGGAGAACUGAAAGAUGAUACAAAACCUUCCCGUGAGGAAAAACAGAUAUUGAUUCGUGCUCUUUCAAGUCCACCAUUUGGAAAUUAUCAGAUUUGGUGGUCUCUUGCAGAUUCAAAGUAUGCAGGGACAGCAUUGUUGGUGAAGAAGUGUUUUCAGCCAAAAAUUGUCUCUUUCUCGCUCGAUAAAGCAGCUUCAAAGCAUGAACCAGAUGGCAGGGUCAUAUUAGCUGAAUUUGAAAAUUUCCGUCUAUUGAAUACGUAUGCACCAAACAAUGGUUGGAAAGAGGAGGAAAAUUCAUUUCAAAGGAGAAGAAAAUGGGAUAAGAGGAUGCUAGAGUUUGUUACACAACAUUCUGAGAAGCCUCUUAUAUGGUGUGGUGAUCUUAAUGUAAGCCAUGAAGAAAUUGAUGUGAGUCAUCCUGAAUUUUUCAGUGCUGCAAAGCUCAAUGGUUACAUUCCUCCAAAUAAAGAGGAUCGUGGGCAGCCUGGAUUUACUCUUUCCGAGAGGAAGCGUUUUGGUGCUGUACUGAAAGAGGGUAGGCUAAUAGAUGCGUACAGAUUCCUACACAAGGAAAAGGAUAUGGAUUGUGGCUUCUCAUGGUCUGGACAUCCAAUUGGAAAGUAUCGAGGUAAAAGAAUGAGAAUAGACUAUUUCAUAGUUUCAGAAGAACUCAAAAAUCGAAUUGUUGCAUGUGAAAUGCACGGGCAAGGAAUUGAGUUAGAAGGUUUUUAUGGGAGUGACCAUUGCCCAGUUUCCCUUGAGCUUUCACAAGCCAAUCCAGCCUGAAAGUUAAUGUAUAUUUUUAUAAUCUGAAAUGAGCUCAUUAUCAUCUUUCAACAACUCUAUUUUCUGGUUGUAUUUAUUGGAAGUCCGUAUUGGGUAGGAUAUUACAAUCUAACUAGCCGGAGAAACAAAACUAGAAAUACUCUCUAGUCUCUACUCAACCUCAUUGUUUUGUGCUAUUCUGCAGAAUAUAUCUUUUAUAAAGAAAACCUUAUGCAAAAUGCGAGUUUAAUC